AUGUCUACAAGCACCAAUUUUGCUCAUGAAUAUAAUAGAAUAGGUAAAUGGUCUUCAUGUACUUUAACAAAUGAACCAUUAGAUAUACCCAUAGUUAGUGAUUAUAAAGGUAAUUUAUACAAUAAAGAAAGUAUAUUGGAAUAUUUAUUAAAUCCAGAUGAUUUCACUUCAAAUCAAAAAUUAUUAAUAUCACAUAUAAAAAGUUUGAAAGAUAUAGUGGAAUUGAAAAUUUCUAAAAAUCAAUCAAAUGAAUUAAUUUGUUCAAUUACUGGUAAUAUACUGGGGAGUAAUGGUAUACCAUAUAUUUAUUUAGUUAAAUGUCAAGAUAUUUUUGCUAAAAAAUGUCUCACUACAAUACAUAAAGAUUGUUUAAAAUGUCCAGUUUGUGAUUUAGAAUAUUCAAAAGAUGAUAUUAUAGUGAUAAAUCCUGAAAUUAAGGAAGAUAUUAUAAAUCAGCAAGAAAGAAUUGAAAAAUUGGAAUCUUUAGGUUUAACACAUUCAUUAAAAAAGCAAAAAAAUAAGAAGAAACGGAAAGAUAAUGAUGAUAAGAAACCUGAUUCCAAAAUUAAGAGAGUGAAAACAUGA